UUAGAUUUAAUUUUUCAAAAUGGAGCAAAACAUGGCAUUGAUGUUUACUAUUAAGGGAGUUGAAAGUUGUGAAGAAACACCAUCAUUAAUGUGGAUUCCAGUUUUAGGUUACUAUAGUUAACUUCAACCCUAAUGACUCCACUCCAAACCAGUUCUACCGUUGUCAAUCAAUCAAUCAAUCCCCAGGGUCUAUCUCGUCAACCAAUUGUCAGAGCCAGGGCCACGCCUACCACAGCCAGGCCUCUUUGCCCGCCUCCGAUCUUCAUCAGCUGUACGACGAGAUUCCAGCUGAAUAUUUAGAACAAAAGCCUGUUAACAGAAGAAAGGUUUCUACAGUGUUUACAGUUCUGAAAGAAGAAGAAGAAAACUCCACAUUUAACAAGGAAGAACCUGGGGUUGACGCACUCAUGGCAAACAUGCUCAGGAUAUCUGGAUCCAUCGCAACACAGAAAAUUGAUAAAAAAUCUGAAAAGAGGAGGACAAUGAGUGAACACUACGUGAAGCCUGGGUUAGAAAAGUAUAAAAGAACAAUAAGUGAGAACGUGUUCAGCGGGAGACAAUCUAUGGUUCUUUGGGAGGAGAACACAUAUGAUUAUCAAACAAAUAAUUCGAUUCAAUUAAAUUCUGUUAUCAGAAAACAUUCCUGGCGGCCAGAUGAUAAUGAGGAUGAUGAUGAUGAUGAUCGAAUUCUUCUUAACAUUGAUAAAGAUGAUUCCUAUUUAGCUUCAGAAG